AUGGACGUUGCCAUCGCGCAGCUACGCGGGUGCCUCGAGGAGCUUCUCGCCUAUUACCCACACGUGCUGCGCAACGUGUUCGAGGCAGAGCCCUCACCGCUGGCCGCACCCGAACUGCCCCAGAAGCAGCCGCACGACUCCUCGGCGCUAGCGGAUGUCAUUGAGGGUUUCCUGACGGAGCUCACCAGAAUCCUCUCCAUUGGCCUCUGCGAUGACGACCCCGGACUGUGGUCGGUGCUAGAGCUGCUGGAGUGCGUGCCAGACCGCAUGCAGGCGGUCGCCAAGGCGACAGCAACAUCAACGGAGACGGCCGCCCCGGGUAAGCACAGAGCGCAAGAGCCGCUACAACAACUGCAGCGGUUCCGCUUUGCGUCCCAGCUGGUUUACCUGGUGCGGAGCGCGUUUCCUGCUACUGCACCCGCAGUGUGGGUGCGAAUUCUUCUUCGCUUGACACUCAAUCAAGGGUGUCUCCUGGCGGCCCUUGAGCUGCUCCGGGAGUGGUGCUGGUCAGAGCUGCUCAUGUUCUACGCUGCUAGUGACGGAGACCGUAGAAACGGUGCGGCGGGCUCAGCACCGUCUGUGGCGUUAUUGGUGCAGUCUAAUAGCGACAGCAACGUAUGGAGCUCGUUUGUUGCCGCUAUCGCGCCAGUGGCGGGUCCACCAGUGGCUGAGAUCGCAGCCGGUGCGCCGAAGGUGGCUGCCCAGCCCUUUCACCUGCAGCUUCUCGUCCCCGGGCUCGACGAUAGCGGUGCGGCCUCACGUGCCUACUACACACAGGUGGAGAACUACGCGUGCGGUCGCCAGCCCACACGACCGUCCGCACUGGCGUGCUAUCGCGCUGCUCUCCGGCAGCAUUCCAGCUCAGCGCGGAAGGUCGACAGCUCUUUUCGUGCUGCCUCCCCAGAGGAAGGCGCUGCGUCCUCUCCGCAGCUCAGCCCUCACCCCGCCGAGCAGCUCGUUCUGCGAGUGGAGUCGCUGCCGGUCGACCGUUGCAGCGCAUCAGCAAAGGGAGCAGCGCCCGUCUCGAGGGGCAAUGUGUCGUACGACUCCUCGUCCACCUUGUCAUCACACCCCAUGACGCAGAGGUCGCUCUCCUCCGUGCACCGGCAACAACUCCGAGGCGCGAAGAAGCGCCGGCGAAGGCAUCCCUCGCUCUCCACAACGGGGACAGUAGUGCUUGACGAGGACGCAGUGGAGCUGCCAACGUCGGAGGGCCAAACAGGCACCGACACCAACGACAACACCUGUAGCGUCGCUGAGGUGGCGCUGCAAACAUCCACGGUGGUGACAGAGGCUCUGGAGUGCCUUGGCCCUCCAGAGGCGCCAGGGAAGGCGGCAACUUCACACAAGGAGGAUGACGCUUUUCAGGAUGAUGACCCGCAGGUGGCACCGACGGUGGAUGAGACUGGAGCCGCUCAAGCAGCGAGUAGGGCCCUCGAUACCGCCUUGACAGAGUCACCUGCUGCCGCCCCUCACCGCUUAUCUCCAGCGCUGCGCGCGGCUGAAUCGCCUUACGGGACUCUCGAUUCCUCGUCUGCCCCCGCGCCUUCUCUGGAGCUAAGCAACCUCCGACACCGCUUGUGGCUGUGCUGGUUAGCUGUUGUGACGCACGCUGAGUCUGAGGAGCGGAUACGUAUCGCCGUGCGUGACGUGGAUGCAAACAUCUCGUAG